GGCCAGCUGCCUAUCAGUACGGGAGCUCUUUGGAGAAAGGACUGGAGGAAGUGUGGAGGAAAGAUUAAAACAUGAAUAAAUUUGUGAGUGAGCCGACAGAGAUGUUUAUAAUAAGGUUGUUUCCCUCCUGGCACAUAUGGAUGAUGAAGAUAAGGACAAAAUUGCCCUCAGGAUUGCCUUUAUAGCUGAGACCAAGCUGGCUAGUGUUGUGACAGUUCUGGUAGAGAAACUGCAACAGGAUGAGCAAAACAGAGUAGACAUUUACUGUGUCCUGGAGAAGGUAUUGCAGCAGGACACCAGGGACCUAGAGAGAGGGCUACUGAAGAAAAUAAUAACACUAGCCUCAAACCACAUGAGAGAGACUCAGCAAGCAACAAAUGAAAUAAAAGUGGCAGCUAGCAACACGUUAGUGACUCUGGCACACUGCUAUUUCAAUAAUGUGAUAUAUGAGCUGAGGUGUCAUCUGAAACCACUGGAGCUGCCUGAAGAGUUUAUUUUAGUUAUGUUGGGCAACCUGUCAUCAGCCUAUGGAGCUGGUUGACCUGUGAGGAGCCGGAGCUCAAGCAGGCUAUCAUCAAAGCCCUUGAUCCCAUGAUGAGCCUCCUGCUACACAAAGAGGAGCAUCAAGAUCAGCUGUUUGAACCGAUCUCAUGGCUCCUUGAGCAAUAUAAGGAGGACACUGAUGUUUUUCAUGUCACCAAGAGUCUGAGCCAGCUCUUGGAGGUCUUGGGUGAAUAUAAGAUCCCUCUCCCUAAAGGGAAGUUUCAAGCCAUCUGCAGUGCUCUGCACAACCAGAUCUGUUCUCAAGCUAAGCCGCUCAGCGUGGAAAAUCACGUAGAGCUGGUCUAUUGUAUAGUUCUGCUAGCCCGUUCUUCUCCGGAGGAUCUGAUAGCAUUUCUGCACUUGCAGCUGAAGACUGAGAAUGAGGCUGUUCGUGUGGCGUCUUUGAAUCUGCUCAGAGCUAUUGUUGGUGCUGACUUGCCCGAGACAAGAGAUAAAAAGUGUCUGAUUGUGAAGGCAGUGAAAUCCACUCUCAGUGAUCAGAAUGCUAUGGUGAGGAAGGCAGUUCUUCAUUUCAUCCGGAGGCUGCUCAGCUCAGAAAGUGUGGAGAAUUGUGCAGCAUGGGAUAUGGUAGAACAUGUUUUCAGGAGUUCAGUGUGUCCACCAGCAAACUGGAUAUUCAGGAAGAAAGCACUAUCCAAACCCUGUGCAUUGACAUCCUGCAAUGUCUGGACACCUCAGUCAGUGGAAUGACCUAAGUGUUAUGGCCAAGGCUUCUAGAGUAUGUGGUGCCAGCUCAGUACACUGGUACUUUGAAGCCUCUCUACAGAUGCCUUAGGGAACUGGCUGAGAAAAAGCAGCAGGAAGGAGAAGAAGCUGCUUGCCUCGACUA